UCGGCUGCCAGGGGUUCGGCCGCAGGGGUUUAAGUCUUCCCCACGGCCUCACCCCUGCUCAGAUAUCUCUUCACCUCCCGGAGGAGCCCUUCUUGAAACGUUUCCUUGUCUUGCGAUGCUCUCUUGUUUCCCUUGCUUUUCAUCCAGAUUAUUGGUCAGAGUUUGACCUAUCUCCACUCUGGAAUAGGGCCCAGCGGAGUCACAGGGGCAAAUUAUAAAAUCAUGCGCCAGAGGUCACUUAGUUCGGUCCCCGUCGGAUGCUUGGAGCCCCAGUACAGCAGUCCAACCAGAGUGCCUGAUUUUUUUCAUCGGCUUCUCCAAGUCCUGUGGCAGUGGCUUCAACUUCUGGGCUUCUCUAUCCAGCUUACCUUACACUGAACCCAGUGGUGUAUAGCGCGUGUAGCUUUGCCGUGUUGGCCUCAGAAGGCUGCCCCUUGGGGUCUUUGGAUAGAACAGCGGCGGCGGCCCUUCCCGGUGCAGACAGCCACCAGUGUGCUUAUCAGUCCACUUCUUCCCACUGACAUGUGCAGAGCCCUGCCUCAGGCCCUCUCCUUUGUUCCUGGGCCAGGUGGAGCCGGGAACAGAGACCAGCGCCCCGGGAAAGUGCAUUCCGCAGAUUUUUUUUUUAAACUCCUUUUGGCAAUUACCAUGGCAUAGUAGUGUUGCUUUCUGUUGGGUAUCUUUUUUUUUUUUUUAAUUAAUUAAUUAAUUUAUUUUUGGCUGUGUUGGGUCUUCGUUUCUGUGCGAGGGCUUUCCCUAGUUGCGGCCAGCGGGGGCCACUCUUCAUCGCGGUGUGCGGGGUGGUUGUGGCGCACGGGCCUAGUUGCUCCGCGGCCUGUGGGAUCUUCCCAGACCAGGGCUCGAACCCGUGUCCCCUGCAUUGGCAGGCAGAUCCUCAACCACUGCGCCACCAGGGAAGCCCCGCAGAUAUUUUCUUUCGUGCUUCUCUGUAGCUCUGACUGCCCUCAUGCUUGCCGCAGCUUCUUUGGCAGCCCAGUUGUCUUCUUUCCUUUAAUCUGACCCCGGGAAGUGGCCAGGCACGAUCGCCCUCCCGUUACUCCAGGGUCUUGGGUAGUAUGCAUUGGCUUUUACCCUUGCCACAGAGUUACAGAAAUUACUCUUCUGAUCGAAGGCACUGCUAGCCCUGUGCCCUCCCACCCUGUUCUGGUCUGUGAGACACUGGGCCUUCUUUGCUUACUCCCUGCAGUUGGCUUUUGGAGUUGCCUGAUUUCAUUUCUGUGCUGUGCACCCCUGUACAAGGUGAUAUGUCCCAGUUUGCCUGAGACGGUUCUGGCUUAUCCCCAUUGUUCCAGCCUAAUUAUUAAUAAUGUCCACUUUCACUUUCAAAAGAUUCAUGAUUUGGACAAUUCAACUUGUCUCUGCCUCUCUAAGGUGGAUGCAUUGGUGUUUGUAGGCUUGGGAGUGGCACGGAGCAGCCCAUGUAGGACUUGCUCUGGGCUCAGAUGUGUCAGAGUCACAGUCCAGGGAACCAGAAUUCCUCCAGGUCAAUGCUACCUCAUUCCCUUUCUCAUAGGUGGAAGGCUUCAGGUGGCUUUGUCCCCAGAGGGCAGGGGUUCCCCUCUGGUCCUGGCACAGAAAUAAGUCCAAGCUGGUACUGAGAGCUAUGUCUAGUCAAAUUCAUCCCCAGAGGUACUGUGGGAUUUAUAAUCAGAAUUCACAGCCAUGAUCCAGAGAAAGGUGUUCAGAGCUCAAGCCCAGCUCCUUGACAUGGUGCUUGGCUCCUGGGAACCUAACUGAUGUGAAGUGUGACCAGAGUUAGGCCUGGGGUGCCCUUGGAACCUAUCGCCUUCCAUGCUAAUCAGAGUUCUGCAUCCAGACAGGACCAGUUAGCCGGGCCAGAUGAUAGUAAGAGUAGCAUAUCAGCACUUUUAACUAUUUUAGGAUCAGGCUGAGAGGUAGGGCACUGAUUUUCACCUGGGAUGACUAACCGUACUCGUUUUCCUGGGACUGAGGGGUUUCCUGGGACUUGGGACUUUCAGUUUUAAAACUAGGAAAGUUCCGGGCAAACUGGGAUUUCUUCAUCCUUGCUGCAUAUCAGACCCACCCAAGGAGCCUCAUGUAGAGGUUUCAAUUGAAUGGAUCCAGGUAGAGUCCCAAGUAGGGGUAUUUUUUUUUAAACACUCCCAAGCUUAUUGCAACAAAUUACCAGAGUGGAGAACCAUACAUAUAGGCAGCAUUGCUAAAAAUCCAUUGAAGGCCUCCAGGAUCAUGUGGUACGUCAGUCCUCGGGGGAUGGCCCCACAGGUUGACUUUGAAGGGGCCCUUUUCUCUGGCUAUGCUCCGGAUGGGGGCCUCUACAUGCCCGAGGAGCUCCCUCAGCUGGACAGAGAGACCCUGCGUCAGUGGAGUGUGGUCUCCUACCCCAGCCUGGUGAAGGAGCUGUGUAGCCUCUUCAUUGGCCCCGAGCUCAUUCCAAGAGAUGACUUAAACGAUCUGAUCGACCGAGCCUUCAACAGAUUCCGACACAAAGAGGUGGUCCAUCUAUCCAGGUUGAGGAAUGGGCUGAACGUGCUGGAGCUGUGGCAUGGGGUCACCUACGCGUUUAAGGACCUUUCCCUGUGCUAUACAGGGCCAUUUCUUUCCUUUUCCAUCUCCCUCGUCCUAAAGAGGAGGGUUCCUCCCUCUCCCCAUCCAGGAACUUCUGGGGACACAGGGAGUGCUGCCAUCGAGAGUGUUCAGGGAGCAGAGGACGUGGACCUCAUUGUUCUGCUUCCCAAAGGUCGCUGCACAAAGAUUCAGGAGCUCCAGAUGACGACAGUGCUGAGAGAGAAUGUCCACGUGUUUGGAGGUGACGGAGGGAACAGCGAUGAGCUGGACGAGCCCAUCAAGGCCGUGUUUGCCGACGUGGCCUUUGUCAAGGAGCACGGUCUGAUGAGUCUGAAUUCGAUCAGCUGGUCCCGGGUCCUCGUGCAAAUGGCCCACCGCUUCUUCGCUUAUUUCCGGUGUGCACCAGCCUUAGACUUGCACCCACCGCCCCCCGUGGAGGUGGUUGUACCAUCGGGGGCUGCCGGUAGCCUCGCAGCUGGGUUCAUCGCUCAGAAAAUGAGCCUGCCCAUCCACCUGGUCGUGGCAGUGAACUACAAUGACAUCACCCACAGGACCGUCCAGCAGGUUGACUUCUCUCUGUCUGAGGCCGUCAAACCAACCUUGGCAUCAGCUAUGGACAUUCAGGUGCCGUACAACGCGGAGAGGAUCUUCUGGCUGCUAUCUGGCUCUGACAGCCAGGUGACAAGAGCCCUCAUGGAGCAGUUUGAAAGGACCCGAAGUGUGAGUCUACCCAAGGAAUUGCACAGCAAGCUUUCAGAGGCAGUAAUGUCUCAGUCAGUGUCAGACGAGGCCAUCACCCAGACCGUGGGCCGCUGCUGGGAAGAGAGCCAGUCCUUGCUGUUCCCUCACUCGGCCGUGGCCGUGAGCUACCAUUACCAGCAGGUGGACAGGCGGCACCCCAGCUACAGCCCUCCCCGCUGUAGUCUGGCUCCCGCCUCUGCAGCCUAGUUCCCGGAGGCCGUGCUGGCUGCCGGGCUGACCCCGGAGACUCCCGCGGAGAUCCUCGCCCUGGAGCAGGAGGCGCGCUGUACCCCGAUGCGGAAGGGUGACGACUGGACGCGGAUACUUCGGGGCCUGAUUGAGGGCCUGAGCCGGCAGCGGCAGGGGCGCUUCCGGAAGGCGCCGGCAUAGCCAGGCUGGAGCUGGCUUCCUUUCGGCUUCGGACCCUGGGAGGUGUCCCCUCUGAGCUGCCUUGUUCACCUUCUCUCCACGCAGGUGCAGGAGUUUCUCAGGGGGCUGCCCAGCUGGGUCUGGAGCCAGCGGGCUGUGCGCUGUUGUUCCCUGGCUGCUCUGUGCUCUCACCGCGCGGCUGGCUGGCCGUGUUGGGCCUGGUCACCGGGGAGGCGGGGAGGGAGUCGUGGAUGAUUGCUGGGGGUGCACGCCCAGGGCCAGACGGUGCAGGAGCGUCACUGCUUCCUGUGAAACUUCCGGGGCCUGCACAUGAAAAGUCUGGGGCUCAGGGGCAACCUUGGCUCCAACAUUUUGGACCCCCAGAUCCUAAAACCUGUGCAGGUGGGGCCCGCUGCCUCCAUUACCACAGGUCUGGCUCUGAGCCUUAGUUUAUCUGGUCCCCAGGUCAGACCCAGAGGUCUUGGCCACAGGGCUUCCACCCUGUCAAACGCUGGGAAUCCCUGGAAUAAAAGUGCAGGUUCAGUGUGAUGGUGACUCUGCGUGCCCUGCGGGCAGAGCCCGGUGUCUGUCAGGUGGUGAUGGUGGUGCCAUGGUGUCCCGCACCCAUCUGCUGCCCCAGGUUGGCAGCGGGGCAGGUGGCACAGGAGUUGGGAUUCAGGAUCACCAGAUCCAGGCCAUGUAGGAAAGCAGGGGCCUCAAACUAGGUCAAGUUGCCCUGUUGCUCAUGUACCAGGUUCACCAUCCUUAUUUUUUAUUUUUAUUUAUUUAUUUUUUUGCGGUACGCGGGCCUCUCACUGCUGUGGCCUCUCCCGUUGCGGACCACAGGCUCCGGACGCGCAGGCUCAGCGGCCAUGGCUCACGGGCCCAGCCGUUCCGCGGCAUGUGGGAUCCUCCCGGACCGGGGCACGAACCCGCGUCCCCUGCAUUGGCAGGCGGACUCUCAACCACUGCGCCACCAGAGAAGCCCUCACCAUCCUUAUUAAACCAAGUCAUGAUCAUAGCAGCGAGAAGCAAUGAUCCCUCUUUAAACACUAAAUAAAGUCCAAAUGCCUACAUUUCCACAGGUACCUCCAUAAUCACGCUGCUCCAGAGAAGUCAAGUUGUUCUUUCCACUGAAGACACGACUCACGCUCUCCCCUCUCCAUGCCUUUGACCCUACACUUGCCUCUGGGAGACUGUCCUUCUUUGAUGAACCCACAAGUCCCGUCUCACAGGCUGUUUGUCUUGGUUCCUGGUACUUGUUUACUGUGUCUUGUUUACUUAUCAGCCCAGCUGGCAAUAAGGACUCCUGUUUCCGAACUCUGGCAGAACUCCAACUGUAGCUUUCCUAAGGUGUGUAUUCCCUUCUGCCCUGUUUUAUGGUUAUCCACUUGAGACAUUAUCUUCCUGUCUCUAAGCUCCUUGAAGAUAGGAGCAAUUGUUUAACACAAGGGCUAAAACUUUUUGGAUUUGCCCCUAUCGAUUAAAAAACUUAAUAUGUUCUCCCAACAUAUGUGUACUAAAUUAUGUAUAAACUACACAAACCGUGUGCUAAAAUAGACAUGAAGGAAUAAUAACAACACCUAUAUUUAUCUUUUCUCUCCAUUCUCCAGUGGACUGCCUGUGGGCCUGUCUUUGGCAGUCCUGGUUGGACACAGUGCCUGGUACAUUCCAGAACCAGCAGGAACCAGGGGCAGAGCUCCCCUGUGAUUGCACAUCUGCCAGAUACUGUGCAAUGACUCUCAAAGUGUGGUCCUUGGGUUUAUCCAAAAUACACUCUCCUGGCCCCUACCCCAGACCUUCAGAGGCAAAUCUGUGGGCGUGGGUGCAUUUUCAGGCACCUUUUUAACCUUUUCAGGCCCAAGAGAGGCUUAGGACAAAAUGGUUUAACUUGCAUAAUUAAAAGAUCAGACUGGGGGCUUCCCU